AGGAGCAAGUUCAACGUCUAUUUCGGCUCGAUGCUGCUGAGUCAUCAACAUUGUUACUACGCUUUGCCAUUGUUUACAUACACUGCGUCCAUUGUCUUUUUCACCCACGAGGGUAGAGCGUGGUAUCUGUGACUCUGCUCCUGCAAUCACCAUGGUUGCUGGAUGGUGUUAUGAUUCCCUCUCUCCUAGCGGGUGCAGACAACCACCAGGGAUGUGCAGGCUGCGCCAUGACAUUACCAAGUGCAGUUGCGGGCUCAUUCUUUACACGUACACCUAUGAAAGCCAUAUACGUGGCAAACGCCAUCAGAAGAUCCUUGCGGGGACCCAACCGCCUGUAGCUAGGCGGAGGAAGGGCGGCGGUCGAGCGAAGCAACCGUGCCCUCAUUGUCGUCCUACUCGAGAAUUUUGGGAGAACGAACUGCAGGCUCAUGUUGCUACGCAUACGGUCCAGGAACGACUGGAGACGGUGCUGGAGGAUGCUCAGAGGAACAAGAAUGGCAUCACAGUGUCUAACCUAGAAGGUAUCGAUUUCGGAAUUGUCGAUGACGCUGAGCAGCAGCCAGCGACGGUCGUUGUACUGGUGCAAAGAACGGAUCAAGAUGAUACGGGCGUGCUAAUUUCCAUGACAAAGUGCAGGACGCUCUCUGCUCAAAAGCAGGACGAUCAUGGCGUAAAGUUUUCUGUCGCUGUGAGCCCAACGUCAAAAUUCAUUCGCUCGUUCCGACCUCACGAGGUCUCCAUAACCUUUCAUCCAUCCUAUGCCGGGCGUUUUGAAGAUACCCUAGAACUGGUAUUCUUCGAUGUUUCCCAGCAUCGCAGUUUUGUCAUCCAGCGAAGGGUCUGUGCCACCGUCGGUGACCCUGCUGAUCAUGAACGGCUUGCGCCCAAAGCUCCCUAUACCCAGCGGAAGCGACGUAACAUCGAGUUAGACGGUCCCGUCAAACGGAGCCUUCGUCCGCCCACUUGGACUCCGACGAAAUGGGCAUACAAGCUUCCCCAAUACAACGUUCCUAAGGACCUCGUCGAAACAUUGUACACUCCGGAGGGAUACUUGAAGAGGACCGCUUCACAGGAUGUCAAGCGAUUCAUGCCUUCGUCGUUCACUACCGCUACGUAUGCGCAGCACUUUCAGACACUCGUUUAUUUAGAAGAGGAGCAGAUGAGGCAAGAUCUAGACGCCUAUUCGAUGGAAGGUGUAGAGAUCAAAGCAAACUACCCCAGAUACGAACUUCAAGUAGAUGGACUAGCUGAAGGCCGGCCCUCUGUUCUUGUUGGAGACUUCAUCCUUGUUCGUCCCGUUGGCCAGCCGGGCAAAGCCUGGUUUGAAGGGCGGGUGCAUAAUGUGUCCAUGUCGCACGUUAGUCUCCGCUUCAGUGACGAAUUCAACACGUAUCGCGGAACCAAAUUUGAUGUACGAUUCGUCUUGAACCGUCUCCCCAUCCGUCGAAUGCACGAUGCCUUGGUCAACAAGAACGACCCGGCUCGAUUCCUGUUCCCCGGACCUGAACAUUUGACGACGGCGCGACCGGUCACUUCGGCCAUGUUGGAGGAGCUCGUGCCUCUAAACCGCGUCAUUGGAAGGAAUAAGGAACAAUUGGAGACGGUAGCGGCUAUUGUACAUCAGCCGAAGGGGAGUGUGCCAUUCAUCGUGUUCGGACCUCCAGGUACAGGAAAGACGGUGACCAUCGUCGAAGCUAUAGAGCAGCUUCUCAGACGAGAUCCCAAUACCCGAAUCCUGGCAUGCACACCGAAUAACUCCGCCGCCGACCUCAUCACACAGAAGCUGAUGCACCUCGGUGCCACAGAUGUAUUCCGUAUGAAUUCAAUGACGCGAAAGUUCGGUGACCUCCCCAAGACGCUCCACAAAUUCUCCCGUAUCAACGACAACCAAGCAUUUGCGAUGCCGACCCUAGAAGGUGUUCUCAAGUACCGAGUAGUCGUCUCGACGUGCAUCUCUGCUGGCGCUCUGCACGGCUUGGGCGUGGAAGCCGGUCAUUUUGCGUGCAUCUUCAUAGACGAGGCGGGUCAGGGGAAGGAACCUGAGAUCAUGAUACCCAUCAAGAGCCUCGCCAAUAAGCAUACCAACGUAGUUUUGGCGGGAGACCUGAAGCAGUUGGGUCCUAUUGUCCAUUCGAGGUUGGCGAGGGAUCUGGGGUUGAAGGAGAGUUAUUUGGCGCGGCUGAUGCAAAGGCCGUGUUAUGGUCUAUCUCCGUGGGAUGGCGGUGUCAGUGGAGGACUUGGUGUCAUUAUCACGCAGCUCGUCAAGAAUUUCCGUUCUCAUCCUGAUAUUCUGGCAUUCCCGAAUGAACAGUUCUACGGGAACCAGUUGCAAGCCUGCGGUGAUCUUUUGUUGACGAAGAGCCUGGAAAAUUCGGAUGAGCUCCCGACGAAGAAGUUCCCGAUCGUCUUCCAUUCUGUGGUCGGACGGGACCAGAGGGAGGAAUCGUCGCCGUCGUUCUUCAAUAUUAGUGAAGCGACGCUCGUGAAGAAAUACUGCUCAUCGCUAAUGGCCAAGAAGGGCAUACGUGCUGAGGAUAUUGCUGUCAUUACCCCAUACCAUGCACAAAGGAUGAAGAUCCUCGAUCUAUUCUAUCGAGAUCCAAAGUUGAGAGAUAUUCGCGUCGGAAGUACCGAAGAGUUCCAAGGACAGGAACGCCGAAUCAUCAUUAUGUCUACCGUUCGGAGUAAUGCAGAGUUCAUUACUUCAGACAUUCGACGGACCCUCGGCUUUGUUGCGAGUCCCCAUCGGUUCAAUGUCGCCGUGACUCGUGCUCAAGCCCUUCUCAUCGUCAUUGGCAACUCAGAUGUGUUGGCCCUCGAUCCUAUAUGGCGCUCAUUCAUGAAUUACAUCCAUAUCAAGGGCGGCUGGCGCGGACACCGGAUUUCGUGGGAUCCAAAGGCUAGUGUGGAUGAUUACGUUGAGGGAGUGAGGAGUAAGGCUGCUGGGGAGGCCGAAGAGACCAUGGCGCGGUUGAAGGCUCUCAUCUCAAACGAUGAUUUCCUGUACACCCUGUCUCUUUUCAUUUUGGAGCCCAUGCGCCUGGUAGCGCGUUAUGACUGGCGCGCCUUCAGCGACGAGGAGGCGGAGUGCAAUUUUCUGGUAUGGAAGGACAUUGGCCGACGAAUGAGCAUCGAAGACAUUCCCGAGACCCUCAAGGAACUAGAAGAAUGGAGUAAAGAAUAUGAAACUACGUAUAUGGUGCCAUCCGAGAGCAGUCAUCGGCUAGCUACUAUGGCGCUGGAUUACAUCGGAAAACGAGUACCGAACGUUCUCGGUGCGCGAUUUUUGGUGCGAAGUCUAUUCGUAUGCAUGAUGGACGAUCAACUACGAAUGGCCGCGGGGCUUCCAGCACAGCCGAAAUACGCACAUCUUUGUCUUAGAACGAUUCUUGCGCUUAGGGCUUUCAUCAUCAGACACUGCAAACUUCCACGAUUCAAGCCUCACGAGUAUAUCGUCAUCAAGGAUCCACCACAUAGCACAGGAUCAGAUGGACUCAUGCGUCUUCAUACAAUUGUCCGGAGACAUCAUCCCUGGUAUUAUCCUGCCCCAAAGGGAUGGCAUUUCCUCUGUGACUGGUUUCUUGGCUUCACUAGCGGAGCCACCUAUCCCGGUCCGGCGUUCAAGUCGGAAGGAUAUCGCUUGGAAGAACUGGGACCAACCCGGUUCGAACUUCAUGGGCAUGAAGAAGUGAUGACAGAAGCAGAAGAACUUUACGGAGCGCCAAUUGAAAAACCUUGGUCCCGUUGAUUCUCCUCUGUCGCUCUCAGUCGA